GCCGUAAAGCAAAAAUAGAGAGGGAAAAAAACCUGACGUAAAUCCAAGAUGGCUUCUCCCUUAUCCACGAUGAAAUUUUGGAAGCCGGGGUCGGAGGCUCCGGGCAUCUCCGAGGAGCGGGAGCUGCACAGCGAGACCACCGGCUCCCCGGUGGUCUUCAACCCGCACACGGCCCUCUCCAUCGAGAAGCAGCGGCAGAAGCUCCCCGUGUUCAAGCAUAGAAACAACAUCUUGUACCUGGUGGAGACUUUCCAGACCGUCAUCAUCGUCGGUGAGACGGGAUGCGGGAAAACCACGCAGCUGCCGCAGUACCUGCUGGAGGCCGGCUGGGCGGCGGAGGGGAAGGUCAUCGGCGUGACGCAGCCUCGCCGCAUCGCCGCCAUCUCCGUCGCUAACCGCGUAGCGGAGGAGCGCGGCGCUCUGAUCGGACACGAGGUGGGCUACACCAUCCGGUUCGACGACUGCUCCGACCCCCACGCCACGAGGAUCAAGUUCCUGACGGACGGCAUGCUGGUGCGGGAGAUGAUGGCCGACCCCCUUCUGAAGAAAUACAGUGUGUUGAUGCUGGAUGAAGCGCAUGAGAGAACCCUGUUCACCGACAUCGCCAUCGGCCUCCUCAAGAAGAUUCAGAAGAAGCGGCCGGACCUGAGGCUGAUCGUGGCCUCGGCCACGCUGGACGCCAAGAAAUUCCACGACUUCUUCAACCUGAACGAGUCCGGCGACCCCAACAAGGACACGUGUGGGAUCCUGACCGUGGAGGGACGCACCUUCCCCGUGGACGUCUUCUACACCGUCAGCCCCGUCCCGGACUACGUGAAGGCCACGGUGGAGACGGUGCUGAAGAUCCACGAGACGGAGGACGACGGAGACGUGUUGGCUUUCCUCACCGGGCAGGAGGAAGUGGAGAAGGUGGUGUCUCUCCUGCAGGAGCAGGCCAGGUCUCUGUCCCGAUCCGGCAUGAAGAAGCACCUGAGGAUCCUGCCCAUGUACUCCGGCCUAUCGUUCGCCGAGCAGAUGAAGGUGUUCGAGAGGACGCCCCCUGCUGUCCGCAAGGUCGUGGUGGCCACCAACAUCGCCGAGACCUCCAUCACCAUCAACGGCGUCGUGUUCGUCAUCGACUGUGCGUUCGUGAAGCUGCGAGCGUACAACCCUCACGGCGCCAUCGAGUCGCUGGUGGUCACGCCCAUCUCCAAGGCUUCGGCCAGCCAGAGGGCCGGGAGGUCCGGACGAAACCGGCCCGGGAAAUGCUUCAGACUCUACACGGAGGAGGACUUCGAGAAGCUGCCGGCCUCCACCGUGCCGGAGAUGCAGCGCACCAACCUGGCGCCCGUCAUCCUGCAGCUCAAAGCGCUCGGCAUCGACAACGUGCUGCGCUUCAGCUUCCUGUCCCCUCCUCCGGCUCAGACGAUGGUUCAGGCUCUCGAGCUGCUCUACGCGCUGGGAGGCCUGGACCACUAUGGCCGCCUGACCGACCCGAUGGGCGUGCGGAUGGCCGAGUUCCCGCUCAGCCCGAUGUUCGCCAAGAUGCUCCUGGAGUCGGGCGCCGUCGGCUGCUCCAAGGAGAUCGUGAGCAUCGCGGCGAUGAUGCAGAUCCAGAACAUCUUCGUCGUGCCGGCCAAUCAGAAGAAAGCUGCCGCCCGCGAGCACAGGAAGUUUGCCGUAGCCGAAGGAGACCACCUCACCAUGCUGAACGUGUACGAGGCGUUCCUGAAGCACCAGAAGAGCUCCCAGUGGUGCCGGGAACACUUCCUGAACUACAAGGGCCUCCAGCGCGCCGCCACGGUGCGCGAGCAGCUCCGCCGCCUCAUGAACAAGUUCAAGGUGCCGAAGACGUCCAGCGAAGGUGACCCUGACGUGAUCUUGAAAUGCAUCGUUCAUGGUUUUUUCGCGAAUGCAGCCCGCAUUCACCAUUCUGGUUCCUAUAGGACUUUACGAGACGACCGUGAGCUUCACAUCCACCCGAACUCUGUUCUGUACGGAGAGAAACCUCCCAAAUGGGUGGUGUUCAACGAAGUCGUGCAGACGGCCAAAUACUACAUGCGCGAUGUGACGGCCGUCGAGUCGUCCUGGUUGGUCGAGCUGGCCCCUCACUUUUACAAGCAGGCCCAGCACGGCUCUCUGGCCAGCAAGAGGUCCCGGAUCCUCUGAACCUCCCCGUCCUCUCAUCACCUCAACACCCAUGAACCAAACAAAAAGAACGGAGGAGGAGGAGGAGGAGGAGGAGGAGGAGGAGGAGGAGGAGGAGGAGGAGGAGGAGGAGGAGGAGGAGGAGGAGGAGCUCCCCGCCGCUCCGUUGUGUGUGUAUAAAGAUAUAUCAUAUUUACGCCCCCCCACACACUAGUUUCUAUGUGACGAGAGAGCGACGUGUGUGUGUGGACCACACUGUAUAUAGUCUGAGCGGGCUCGGGUCCAAACCUGGUUCUUAGCUUCAUUCUUUUUUUAAUUGCUGCAUGAUGAAUAAAGGGAAGACAGCGGUGUGGCCCGGGCGGCUUUAAUAUGUUUUUAUCGGGUUCAUUUUAUUUUGUAUUUCUUCGCUUUCCACACCUUCUCUCACACACACACACACUCGCACACACACACUUAUAGAAAUACUUAUUUUCAGGGAACCCGCCGCAGAGGGAAACGAAUACUGACACUGUGAAGACCUCCUUUUAUUUCUAUUCUUCUGAUCCUGGUUUUCCAUACGCAGUGGCCUUGUCACCACUCUGUGCCAAUUUAUCUUUUAAUAUCAGACGUUCACAUUUCUUUAUUUAUUUUUUUUAAAGAUGGAAUGUGAAAAUAAAAAAAAUCACCUGAGCAUUGUACAAGAAAAGCUGUGAAAUCCCCAAAAAAUCCGAUGAGAACAAGAAGAAGUGCCAUUAUUCAGUUCCUGUGACAUUCACUCACUCAUUCCAGAGCCUCAAAGAAACGGAGAUCUUCAAUCCGAUCAUCUCUUCCUCUCACGGUUGUUGUUUGUUGUUGUUGUUGUUGUCGACCAGUUGUUAAAAAACAAAUGGCCAGUUAUUUGCGAUUUCCAUAUCGGCCGCUCGUCUUCUCCGUUUCCUGCUUUUUGGUGUUGUUUUUGUACGGUUUUCUCCUGAGGUAUUUCGGCCCCUGAACGCACCAGUGAGCAGCGUGUUAAAGGUUUUGUUAUUUGCUUUUCAAAUAUGUUUUUUAAUUUUCUUCUUGAGGUUAUGUAGGUAGACGAAGAGAGACGGAACCCCAGAAGAACACGCCGCCGUAGAUGGGGACUCCAACUCGAGUUAGAAGAAUAAGCCAACGAGUACCUCUUGCAUGUGAUGCGGUACCUGGCGUAGACUCUUAGGACCACCUUGUUCAUCCCCAACUCACCUGCCAUCUCUUCCUCACAUGCUCAAAUAAAGCCUUAUUGUCAUGCA